AUGAGAAACUUUGGUACUAACGUCUCAAGUAUCACCAGCAUCACACUCAGGGGUUUUCCAGAGAUGGAGAGCCUGGAGCACUGGCUGGCUGCCCUCCUCCUGCUGCUUUAUGCUAUCUCUAUCAUGGGCAAUACCUUCAUUCUAUUCAUCAUAAAGGAGGAGCAGAGCUUGCACCAACCAAUGUACUACUUCUUGUCACUUUUGUCUGUCAAUGACCUAGGGGUGUCUUUUUCCACACUGCCUACUGUACUGGCUUCUAUGUGCUUUCGUGCUCCAGAGAUUGCUUUUGAUGCCUGCUUAGCCCAGAUGUUCUUCAUCCACUUUUUCUCCUGGACAGAGUCUGGGAUCUUGCUGGCCAUGAGUUUUGACCGCUAUGUGGCCAUCUGUAACCCACUGCGCUAUUCCUCCGUGCUCACAAAUGCCCGUGUGGCCCACAUGGGCAUAUCUAUCAUUAUUCGAAGCUUCUGCAUGGUCUUCCCGCUUCCCUUCCUCCUGAAGAGAUUGCCCUUCUGUAAAGCCAAUGUGCUGACUCACUCCUACUGCCUGCACCCAGACUUGAUCCGCCUGCCCUGUGGAGAUACCACCAUCAACAGCAUGUAUGGCCUUUUCAUUGUCAUCUCUGCCUUCGGGGUAGAUUCUGUGCUCAUCCUCCUCUCUUACGUCCUCAUUCUCCACUCUGUUCUGGCCAUUGCCUCCCAGAAGGAAAGGCUUAAGACACUCAACACAUGUGUGUCACAUAUCUGUGCUGUGCUCAUCUUCUAUGUGCCCAUGGUGAGCGUGUCAAUGGUCCAUCGAUUUGGGAAACACGCCCCUGAGUAUGUGCACAAGUUUAUGUCCCUGCUUUACCUCUUUGUGCCUCCAAUGCUCAACCCAAUUAUCUAUUCCAUCAAGACCAAGGAGAUCCGUAGGAGGCUAUGCAAGAUGAUUUGGGGCGCUAAGCUCUGA